AUGUCCCUCCACAACAGCGCAUACAGCCAUCAGGGCUAUUCCGCGCCGCCAUACAGCCAGGGUUAUCACCACCCUCCAGGAGGCCAAAUGUACACCACCGGCCAGAACAACACGCAAAUAUACUACACACCAAGCAACCCCCCCGACAGCCCGACGUCGACGCAGAACUCCCAGCAGCGGUAUUGGUAUGGCCGGCACGGCGACGACGGCCGGCGGUCCAGCGGCGCCGGCUGCUCGCCCGAGUCCGACAACUUCAACAGGAAACGUCGGCGGUGCACCUACAUGUACUACGUCCUGCGGCAGCUCGCCAUCAUCGUGCCUCUGGUCGUCAUCUUUUUGAACAUCAACAUUUAUGUGUCGAGGAGGGGAAAGUACCUGAACGAUUCGACGAGCCCCAGCGACCCUAUUUUUUAUGCCAUGUGGUUAUCGGUUCCAUUGUCGGUUCUGAUGAUGACAUGGUCAAUCACGACCGUCGUCUUCCGCAAAAGGGCGCCGCACAGAGGUGGAAUCCCGAAGCACUUCCACUUCGGUAUGGAGCUGUGCUUCUCGCUCGGCGCAACCAUCUGCUGGAUUCUUCUCGUCGUUCAAAUCGAGUCGAAAAAGUCAAACGGUUACUAUGCGUAUCCGUAUAUCCAGUACGAAGCCGCACUGGCGUUUCUGCUGGGUCUCAUCAUGCUGUCCGAGUAUGGACUCUUGGUACGCGCAUGGUUCGAAUUCAGCUACGACAAAGCGCGGCAGGAGCAUGCGGCGGCCAUGGUGCAGGUAUAA